AUGUUCGGAUAUCAGACUUCCGCCUCAAGGACGGGAUCUCAUCCUGAGAGCCCGGUGAGCCCACAUACGAUCCCGCCUGUUGGGCCACCUCCACCACCCCGCAAAGCGCGGGUAUCUCUGGCUUGCAAGCGCUGCAAGCGGAGGAAGCAACGUUGUGAUGGCGAACACCCAGGCUGCAAAUCUUGCGAAAAGGCUAAUGUGGUCUGUGUCUAUGAAAGACCAGUUAGACCGCAGUACCCUGGUGGCAAGUCGUUAUACAUCAGUGCCUUGGAAGAGCGUAUAGCCUUCCUCGAAGCGCAAAUGCCAGAUUAUGCUGAGGACCACUUUCUAAAAACAGGUUCAAGCGUCGUGCCAGAGCAGCAGGGCUUUCGACGUCGCGAAUCUCAAGAAUCAUAUUCUGAAGAUGAGCCUUCUUCGCUGGUCAACGGGGUGGCAUACUUGUCGCUCUGCGCUUCCGGCACAACAGACACUGCGCCGGAGCCUUUCUAUCUUGGCUCCAGUUCUGGGGCGACAAUAGCACGUAUGCUUCAAAGUUCCAUCUUUCACAAAGAUGGUAGUAGAGCCACUAGUGAUGCCAUGCCCUUUCCGCAGCCACGUCUUUUGCGGCCACCCUCGAACCCACCUUCGUCUUCAAGUUUGGAUGAUUUCACCUCAGAACUUCCUUGUCUAUCACAGGCGAAGAUACUUUUCAAUGUUUUCUUCGACCGCCUGCAUACUCGUUGGCCCAUAUUAGACCGCAAGUUGUAUGCCGUUCUGUUUGAAAAGCAGCAUAACCAAGAGGCUCUGUCGGUGCAUGAACGAAGCAUUAUGCAUUUAAUCUACGCAAUUUCCGCAAGAUUCCUACAACUAAUGAAAAAGCCAUGCGAAGUAAAUCCCGAGGGACAUCUUCUUGCAGCGAUUGAGCACAUGGACUUCGUUUUGGAGCAGCACAAUCUGGCCACGGUUCAAUUCCUCAUAUUACUUGCAGUCCAUGGGCAGCGGAGUCCAUUCGGAGCAGGUUGCUGGUCACAAGUUCGAUAUGCCAUGACCCUUUGCAUAGAACUUGGCCUGCAUAGAAAGCAUGCAAGCAUGAUAUCGACUCAGAGCCCACGUGAGAAUGAGAUUCGAAAGAGAGUGUUUUGGGCCUGUUACUGUUUGGAUAGAAUGACCAGUGUGGUGCUUGGACGCCCGUUUGCGAUUGAUGACAGAGAUAUUGACGUUGAGCUUUCGAGCGACAGCGACAUCUUUUGGGAUCUGACUGCACUUGGAAACCCCCCGAUGCCUCCAAUGGUGGCUUGGUCAAAUAUGAAACCCUUCAUCCAUAUUAUCAAGUUGUGCAAGAUCAAGUCAAGAAUCCAUAAAUACGCUUACCGCGUCGAUAAGGAGGUGUUUACUGGGCCUGCAGAAGUAAGGGUCAAGAUUGACUCAAAAAUGGCUAUCAUUCGGGCAGAAUUAGAUGAAUGGGCGAAAACGAUUCCUCACCCGCCAAAAGACGCCACAUCGAUCACUUGGAUGUACGAUCCGGAAAGCGCUUACCACGACUCCAGAGAUUUCUUUCACUUGCAAUACCACAAAUCAGUGCUCUCGCUCUUUACCGUUCUCCUCCCGACUUUGAAUACCAGAGACUCUAGAUUUCUCACUUGCAUGCAAUCAGCAGCUUGCAUUUGUACGGCAUACAAACGUCUCAACCAGCAAAAGACGCUGAGUUAUACCAUGAUGGCAUUACACUCGUGUUUUAUAGCUGGCCUGACGCUGGUGUAUUGUCUUUGGCGAGACAAAUCCGUGUUCUCCUAUGACGCACUGGAAGCUACUCGUGCCUGCUCCCAAUCUCUCACCAUAUUUGGUGAAAAAUGGCCAGGUGCCGUCAAAUACCGCGACGUGUUCGAUGCCCUCUCAGACAGCCUAUUCAAGACCAUAGUUAACCCGUCUAUGGCUUCAUUUACUACUCUAGACCCGCUGGGGGCGGGCUCUGAAACCCAGCCACCUGCAACUGCUGCCAUAGCUUUACAAAGUGGCGCGGCAGAGAAACCGACCAUCAGUAACACCAUUUCAGAUGCUGUCAAGGAGGCCUUCAUGGAGGUCGAUGAAGAAGCACCGGGAGGCUGGCAGGGAUGGAGGAUGUUCAAUGAGAUGGUGCAAAACGACUUUACCGUUAAGGAAAUAGAGUCCACAGAGUUCGGUGAACAAACUACCAACUGGCAUGACUCAGAACUUUUGCAAGAUGAGUCGCAACAGAGCCAAGGAAGCACACAGAUGCAUAUUGGAGUCACGACAGAUCCAGACUGGGAUUUUGGAGCAUUGGAGGGGCUGCAAUAA